AAUCAUCGAGAAAACUGAUAGUAUCAUCAAAGUAUAAAUUAAAAUAUGAAAUAUCAGUGAAUACCGUGAGACAUCGGAACUCCAGCUCAGGGUCAGAUGGCGUUUAACAACUCUGUGAAACCCAGCAAAGCGGAAGUAGCUGGGCCUGAACUAGAGGAAGCGGAAUUCGUGUGGCCGAGAGGAGACCGGAAGUGCACAGAUGUCGCAUUCCUUUUACUGUUCCUGUGCUUUAUUGGAGGAAUGGGCUAUUCCGGGUAUCGUGGUGUCUCGCUCGGUAACCCGCGGAGGUUGCUAUAUGGUACGGACAGCUGGGGAAACGUCUGCAACCAGCAAAAUGACGUCAUUCCUGGUUUAAAUAUGUCCAGAACUGGGCUGGAUCUCAUAGACAAACCGUAUCUGUUUUAUUUCAACGAGGACAUUUUUGCUGCUGUCAUCGAUGCCAACAAAGACAAUAUAAAAACAGUUAAAAUAUGCGUCCCGAAAUGUCCACCUGCCUUAGUCACAGUCUCAGAAAUGCAGAAUUUCGCGGUUACGUCAGGAUCUGGCACGUGCGUAUAUGACAUCAAAACGGCUGACUACUUCGGCGGCACAUUAGAUGGUUUGUCGGACUGUCCACACUUGCCUAUUAAAGAACAGUCGGCGUUCCUGUACAGGUGCGUUCCCCGCGCACUGACGCAGCGCCUUGAUCACGUGUUUGACGCCGUCCACAGCCUGCUCGACGCAAUUCAGGAACACCUUGUGGAGAAAGGUGCCAGUGACAUCGAGAAUUCUUGGUUUGAAAUGACUUUGCUAUGUGCGCUGUCAGUAGUUGUGGCGGUAGUGCUGACGAUACUGUUGCAGAUUUUUGCCGCUUUCAUCAUCUGGCUGAUGGUGAUUGCCAUGGUAACCGGAGGCCUUCUUGCGACAGGGCUUUGCUGGUACCAUUACCACCAGGCGAAAACGGUGCUUGCCUCCACAUCCGCCGAAGCGCGGACGCCGGAAUUAGAGCGGCGGACAAAUAACUGGCUCAUCGGCGCAGGCUGUGUGACGGCUAUCACAGUGAUAGUCCUUCUAGUUCUGUUGGCUGUGAGGAAGCAUAUAACACUGGUUGUGGAGCUGUUCCGGCAGGCCGGGGCCGCCGUUCGCUGCAUGCCCUCUCUACUUCUUCUACCGCUCAUGACGAUUAUUCUUUUGGGGGCGUCAUUUGGUGGGUUCGCAUUCAUAUUCCUGUACAUUGAGACGGCAGGCAUACCGGAAAUUGAUACUGGGACGGGCCACGUGUUGUACAGGACGGACCGGGUACUGUCGGUGCUGCAGUGGUAUCACUUGUUUGGAACGGUUUGGGUGCUGCAGUUCAUCAUUGCCUGCCACAAACUGACAGUAGCUGGCGCUGUUGCAAUAUGGUACUUCAGCAGGGACAAAGAAGCGCUCGGGUUUCCGGUCUUGUCUGCCAUGUCGCGUGUCGUCAGAUAUCACCUUGGGUCGGUGGCGUUUGGCUCUUUCGUUAUCACGUUCGUUAUCGUCGUAAGAAUGCUUCUGUCAUUCGUCGAAAACAGAUUGCGUGGCAAGACACAUCCCGUGGCGGUCUUUCUUAUGAAGUGCUUCAAGUGCUGCCUCUGGUGCUUUGAGCGGUUCAUUAAGUUCUUAAGUGACAACGCUUACAUCGAAAUAGCUAUCCACGGGCUCGGGUUUUGUCGCGCGGCUCGUCAGGCCUUCCAUGUGGUUCUAGAGAACGCAUUCCGCGUGGCUGCUAUCAACUCCGUCGGUGACUUUGUCCUGUUUCUAGGGAAACUUGCUACGGUAUCCAUAGUAACGGUUGCUGGUCUCGAGUUUAUAUCGGUCCGUAAGAACGUAAGCUUCGUGUGGCUCCCGGUGACCUUGACCGCCAUAUUUGCAUAUUUCAUCGCCAGCUGCUUCAUGUCAGUUUAUGAGAUGGCUAUAGACACGAUAUUCCUGUGUUUCUGUGAAGAUUCUCUGAUGAAUGACGGAGGCUUAAAACCUUAUUUCAUGAGCAUUGGAUUGCAGAAAUGCAUUUCAUCACAGGUGGACCAAACAUUGACCAGCGUGCAAAAAAGACAAUCCAAAGGAAAAAAAUCAGAACUACAGAUGGGAUAGGAGAUAUAAUUUUAAAUGUCCAAAGCGUCAUAAAUAAAUUGACACCUUUAUAGCUGCAUAUACUUACAGAGACUCGUUCAUGUUUUGGACAUAACU